CGCUUUCUUCAUACCCAGCUUCGAACAUCUUCAAGGUGAAAUUUGCUUUUUUCCCCUUUUCACUUUCUGCCCGUUUGAGCCUUCCCCUGUUCUCCGCACCUCAGUUUUCGCGUGUUUUAGCUGCAGAAGCAGAAACAUUUGCGCUCAUUUGUGUAGAAAAGAGCGACCCAUUUGUGUUUUUUUUUGCCCCGAAAUUUGCUUUGGAACGAGGAUUUAAUUAGUCGGUCUUGGAAAAGACGUGGUUUUGGGUGUCUUGGUUUUUCAUUGCGCUCAGCAAAGUGGGUGGCUUUUCUUGUUGCGGAUGGUGGCUGUCUGAUGACAAGUUGAGGAAAGUGGCUGGUAAAGAUGGGGUCUUUUUCUCUUCACGCGUCUUGCUUGGCACAGCCUAAGCUCCCAUGGAGUAAUGACUGCUCUCAGAACCUGAACAGCCUCAAGCUUCCUGCUCUGCAGCAGAGAGGACCCAAUUUUGGCUCACGCAAAGCUUCAAAAGUUCUUGCUUUCUAUGGGUUGAAGAGUCCUCCGUAUGAACUUGAUGCUCUUGAACCAUACAUGAGCAAGAGGCUUAUGGAAACACACUGGGGAGAACAUCAUCAUGGUUAUGUGGAAGGCUUGAACAAACAACUUGAGAAGAAUGAUAUAUUAUAUGGCUACACUCUUGACGAACUUGUCAAAGUAACUUACAACAAUGGGAACCCACUACCGGAGUUCAAUAAUGCUGCACAGGUUUGGAAUCACGACUUCUUUUGGGAAUCAAUGCAACCUGGAGGUGGAGGCAUGCCAGAACUGGGUCUUCUUCAGCAGAUUGAAAAGGACUUUGGUUCAUUUACCAAUUUCAAGGAGAAGUUCAUUGAAGCUGCUCUGUCACUGUUUGGAUCAGGCUGGGUUUGGCUUGUCUUGAAGAGACGAGAAAAGCGACUUGAAGUAGUGAAGACAUCAAAUGCUGUUAACCCGAUUGUGUGGGACGACAUUCCCUUAAUCAGCUUGGAUACGUGGGAACAUGCUUAUUACCAAGAUUACAAGAAUGAUCGAGGGAAAUAUGUUAAUGCAUUCAUGAAUCACCUUGUGUCCUGGCAUGUCGCGACAGUCCGGAUUAUCCGUGCAGAGGCCUUUGUUAAUUUAGGCGAACCCAAGAUCCCCGUUGCAUGAUAUGCUUCAACUUCAAGAAGCCGCUGUUUUUGUAGUCUUGCGGGAUGUAGACGUAGAUCAUGGAUGAGUUUUUCUUUUUAAUGACAUAAAACAGGAUUUAGUCAAACUCUUUUCCCCCACAUUUUCCUCUCUUUUUUUUUUCAAUAUAAUAUGUAUAUCUGAUGAACACGCCAGUGACUGUGCUGUACCAAUUUGUGAUCAUAGCUGAGGCAGAGAUUAGAAAUCAGAAACUUGCCGCCCCAUUUUUCGUUGUCUUGCAUUUAUAUGUGCUUGUUUUUGGUUAA